UAGUCUGUGCUGACAAGUAGAGGUGAACAACACUGAAGACUGAACAGUGGUUAUCGGUUAUUGAUAAAUAUUGUUUCUAAUUAAAUUGUAAAUCUAAGCUUUCUAAUUUUUUAAGUGUACGGUAAAGUUUAGUAUAUUAUGAUGAAUUUUGCGUGUGAUUUGUCUCAAUCAAGUGAAUAUUUAAGUUUUAGGAGUAGUGUCCCAUUAAGAAAGAUAGUUGUGGAUUCUGAUGGAAUCAAGGCUUGGAAAAUAUUUGAUAGUGGACCGAAAUCUGUUACUUGUCCCUUGAUAUGCUUACCUCCUGUUUCUGGAACAGCUGAUAUAUUUUAUAAGCAAGUAAUGGGACUUGCAUCUAGAGGUGUAAGAGUUAUUGCAGCUGAACCUCCACCUUAUUGGAAUAUCAAAGAAUGGUGUGAUGGUUUCAAAAAGCUUAUUGACUACCUUGAACUUGAUAAAAUUCACAUUUUUGGAACAUCUUUAGGGGGAUUCAUUGCACAAAAAUUUACACAGUAUACUCAGAAUUGUCCACGUGUAGUGUGACUUGUAUUGUGUAACACAUUCACAGACACAACAGUGUUUGAGUACAAUGACUCAGUUGCACUGUUUUGGCUACUACCUUCACUAGUUUUGAAAAGAAUGCUUAUGGGUAAUUUUGCUGCUGAUAAAGUUGAUAAGAGGAUUGCAGAUUCCAUAGAUUUUAUGGUUGAAAAGCUGGAAUCUUUAACUCAAUCAGAGCUAGCAUCCCGAUUGACCUUAAAUUGUACUCCAUGCUAUGUUGAACCACAACAUCUAUAUAACCUGCCGAUCACUAUUAUGGAUGUUUGGGAUGAAAGUGCCCUUAGCUCAAGGGUGAGGGAAGAUCUUUACAAAUCAUAUCCACAAGCGAAACUAGCACAUUUGAAAAGUGGAGGGAACUUUCCCUAUUUAAGCAGAAGUGACGAGGUCAAUUUACAUUUACUGAUUCAUUUGAGGCAAUUCGAUGGUACAGACAUAUCGGCUUCCUACUUAAGUUUACACAAAAUGCCAGCUCAAAAUGACGAUAAUCCCGAGGAAGGUUCAGUCAGUUACUUCAACCAAAGGGAUAAGUUUGUUAAAAUAUCGUAAAUGUUUUAUAUUGUAACUAACGAAUUUACACGAAUUUAAUAUUAACGCUAGAACAUUCCUGUUUAAUAUACUGUGUGUUUAAACUCCUACAAAUGAAGUUACUAUGACUAGUCUAAACGAAAUUGCAACCUAUAGAAGUUCAAUUUGAGGUUAGAAAAUGUUAUUAAUUAUUCGACAAAAAGUAUAGAAAUACUUUAAAGAUAAUUUCCGAUAAUUUAACGCAAUUAUUUAUUAAUUGU